AUGCAACGAUUUUAUGGCACUCAUCCAUUGUCGUCAUCAUUUGACGUUCAACGUUUCAUUUUAAUCUUGCUCACUGUUCACGAUAUUUUCGUCAAAGGACAAUACGUCGUUGAAGUGCUGGAACCGGCUCGUUUGGGCAUCCGACGUUCGGUGCAGCGAUGUGAGGCGACCGGUGCAAAUUUUGGUGCUGACAUUGCCACGUUCUCGUUCAGUCAUGAAGCCAUUGGAUGUGCAACACAUCCAGAACCACUUGAAGCGUGUACAGAACCUGUUGUGUAUCCUGUUAAUGCCACUCUGUGUGCCUCGAAUUUUGCAUUGGUCCCGAGAGGAAACUGUAGUUUUUCCGAGAAGGCAUAUCACGUCCAACGUGCCGAACCGACGGGAUUUCAAGCGUUGAUUAUCUACAACUCCGAAGGGAAACCUCCAAUUGAUAUGGCUGGUAGUAAAUAUGCUGACGCGGUCCGAAUUCCGGUGCUCAUGAUCUCUUACCAAUGUAUGAUAGCAAUUAACAUUACAUAUCCAGCUAGUCAAGGGUACAUCGUACAGAUCAAAGUAUCACCGGGUUACUACGAUUUGUUCCGAUACCUUAUUCCAUUUGUAGUCGUCGUAGGAUUCUGCUUCAUUGUACUGCUUAUCAGUUUGGCGAUACGAUUGUGUCGUGAGCGUCGACGCGUCGCUCGAAAACGUCUCUCGAAAAGGAAUCUUCGAAAGAUUCCAACGAAGAAAUUCCGGAAAGGAGACGAACCAGAAACGUGUGCUAUUUGCCUAGACGACUUCAUCGAGGGUGAAAAAUUGCGUGUUUUGCCAUGUCGACAUACCUAUCAUUGCAAUUGUAUCGAUCCAUGGUUAACUCAAAAUCGAAAAGUUUGCCCUAUGUGUAAACGGCGUGUCGGUGCAAAGAACUCGGAUUCUGAAUCAAGUGACGAUGAAAGACGACAGGAGGUAGCGUUUCCUGUUUUUUUUCUAAAUCUCGCUAUUCGCAACCUACAUCUUCUCGAAGCACAUCAGUUACUCAUACCUAUCUCGAAGACGAAGAAAGGACCGAAACUCCGAUUGCUUCUACUAGUCAAGUACUGGCAGAUGUACAUCACAGUGAUAUCGGCGGAUCUCGUGAACAGUUGGUGGAAACCGACGAGGUCGCAUUGCAAGGAGAAACGAGGAACAACGGACGAUGAGGCUGAGACGAAUACGCUUUCACAGUCACUCAAAAUACUGAAAGGAUUCUUCACGAAGUCAUCGUCGCGACCACCGAUGGAUGGAUCUGGAGAAGUGAACGAUGCUUAUGAAGGUGGAAGUACUCCUCCGGCAGACACAGUAUCUGUUGAAACGUCAAUUUUUUUUGAAGAUGUUUCACUCGAAGAAGGACGUGUGGACAAUGGUGAAAGACGUCGCCAUCCGGCUGGAUCGCAGGCAGUUGUCACCGAUCAGGUGCUACGUGAUGAAUCGCUGAGUGAUGAGGAAGUUGAGAGCCGCGAUGGACGCAUGAAGCGUCUACGUACAAGACGUGAACGCGGUGGUGAAAAGUGA